AUGAGUGGGGCAACGCUGGAUGCUGAGGAAGCUUUCUGGGCAACGUUUUGCCGGGAUCGGUUGGCGCCUAUCUUCGUGAAGAGCCUACUCUGCCCCUUGUACCAUAUCCUGAUUGUUGAAUAUCGGAAUAAGACGACAGGGCUCUACCCAACCAUUGAAGCCGCCCUGGAGCUGAUCACCGAUGGAAAAAGUCACCUCUGCUCCCACAAGGGCAUCCAUUCCCCACUCGGCCUGGCAGAUACGGAAGGCGAAAAAGUUGAGAAAUGGGCAGACCUCGAGUCAAAGUCCUGCCUGGCGCUGCAAACCCACGAAAAGCAUCUGUUCAUGGGAUGCGCAUUUGGGACUUCAGACGACCGAGCCCCCUUCCAUCUACUGCCCAACUCGGACAAGGACUCGCUCAUCGACUUGUUAUUGGGUUCCCUCCCCGUCAACCCGAUCACCCCCAAAAAAGAUGGCGAGAUGCAAUGCGCCCUCUACUCGUUCCAGUACAAGGAACAACUUGUAAUUCAGGAUCGCAUCUGCUGCUGGGGCGCCGAGUGCGUGACCAUCUACUAUGAUCAGCCCGGCUCGAACCCGUGGCCCGUGAUCCGGCACGUCGUCCCACCCGCCUGGGUCGGAUUCGAGUGCAAGCCGACCGAGGUGAAGCGCAUCAAGCUGAGGUACAAAUCCAACUCGCGGCUCGCCAACAAGCAGUACGAGCUGGACGCGCCGGACGAAGGGCCCGACUACGAACUCCUUGCCCUGCUGGCCCUGGUGGGCAUCCUCUUCGCGCUGGCCGUGGUCGUCGUGUUUGCCGGCUUUCUGCUCUGGUUCUGGGCCAGCACGCUG